CGGACGAGGGUUUGGUAGCACAUUUGCCAUUCGAAAUCGGCUACAUUUUGAGAGCGUUUCUUUAUCUUUAGGUUUCCGGGAGUUCUCGAGUAGUUUGCUGCGUACACAGUACUGUAAAGUCUACUCUCUCCGCCAUCCCCGGUUUUGAUAAGGGAAUCGUACCACUUUCCCCCGGGAAAAGGUGGGGGUCUUCUCCCUGCCGUUGCCUUCGUUGGCCCCCUGCUUUUGAAUCCGAAGGGGAGAGAUUUAAAAAAGAAACGGGAGAAAAGGCGAAGUAAAUCACCAUCAAGAUCCCAGACGCCACUCCCCCUUGUCAUGGCAGAAGAGGAGCAAAAGGAAGAGAAGCUCUUCCCUCCCAUCAUCACCCCAAAGGGACUUUUCUUUCCGGAAAUCGACGGAGAGAGGGAGCGCAUACUCUCUUCUCGUGUAAGCGUGAUUUCUUUGCUGUGGGGAGAUUUAACUGGAUCAGUUGAGAAAUGGGUAGCGCUGGUCCGUAAGCGAAGCGGGCGAUUCCCGCCGUCAGGCUUCCCGCACCGGCAUCCCAAGAGUGAAACAAUGUUUGAUGCGUGCCCGAUUACUAAUCGUCAGCGAAGUAUUGAAAUACCAGAUAUGCAAGAAUUAAGUUGUGAUUUACUUAAUAAACAAAGAUGUGGCCAACCUCCAGAAAUGAGUUUGUGGGGAAGACUAGGAAAUGCUUCUGUUUUGGACAUUGAAACCAGUAACUUCUCCUGGGAUGCUUUGUCAUCUCUGCAUCAUACAGAGCAUACAAGCAGCAGUGAGCAAUCUGAGGAUGAAAUGAACAAGGCUAUGGAGGUGACUGUCAAUUCUGGAGGAGUUGUUUUCUUUGCUUUGUUCAGCUCUAGUGCUGAUCUAUCUACACAUGAAGCAGCAGCAGUUAUAAAGAUUGCAUCCUCCAGGAUGGCCACACAGUCAGAGCGCUUGGGUUAUGAAUUUGGGAAAUGGCUUGGAGUGCAUACACCUCAGGCAAGAGUGGUACAUAAUUCUAACCCUGAAUGGCAUCAGAUUAAGUAUGCUACAGAAAAAGCACGAGAUGCAGCAGUUUCAGCUGGAGAUGAAGUUGGUGAAAUAACUUGUUCAGAGUUGUUAGAAGCUCUUGAAUUGAGUCGAUGCCUCUUCCUGAUGAAUUAUGUGCAUGGCUCCCCUCUUCUUGAGAGUUCAAAUGCAUUUCAAAAUCGGGAAGCCGCUAUGAGAGCUGCAGCAGCACUUGGCAGGGUUCUGAUGUUAGACCUUAUACUUAGAAAUGAGGAUAGACUCCCUUGCCGUCAACUAGGGUGGCGCGGCAAUUAUGCAAAUCUCUUAAUUGCCGAUAAGGUGACAUCUGGGAAUAUGGAUGCACUGCAUGAAGGGAGUUCUGCUGCUAGAAGUUAUGCACCACAGGUAACAAGGUUUCUACAGAAAGAGAGAAGAAUGGUUCCCCCUACCUCUGAACCUUCAUGUCAGAGCUCAGAUGUUUUUUAUGAGUUCAGCAACAAAUUGGUGAAGAAAGAAAUAGUGAAUAAUGACAGCAAUGGUGAUUUUCAUGUUGUGGCCAUUGACUCUGGGGUUCCUCGACGACCACCUGCAGGAAAACGUGCAAAAGAUCAUGAAAGAUAUCCAAAACUCAUCGAACUCUUACUUAACAAUGUAGACUACUCUUCCAACCUGUUAUAUGAGAUAUCUGGAGGUAGACUGGGACAUCCUGGACCUGGUGAGGCUAAUUCAGUCAGUGAUUCAUGUUCUUCCCUUGAUGAUACCGACAUGGCAGCUGUUGUUCAUGAGUUUCGAGGAGGAUUUCGUGCAGCUCUUAGGGACCUUCAAAGUUUUCAUUUAUUUCUCCUUACCCUCUACCAGAAAUUGGAUGGCCUUCUACGAGUGUUUCUGUCAAUAAUUAGUAAAAGUUCUGGAGAGUCUGACAGAGAUGAUAUGGGCACUUUGGAUUCACCAUCUCACUCAGCUGGAUUUGGUUACAGUACUCCCUCACCUGCAUGCAAGCAACACAUUGCAAAUGAAGUAAAUGUGGAAUCAACUGAUUCCACAUUGCAGAAAGCUACUACAAAAUCUUCAUCCGCAGGAUCACGGGGAAGUCCGGAAUCGGUUUCUCCCGUUUCUCGUGAAAACUGGAAUGGGAGGUACUUCAAAGGAAGUGAAGAACAUUCUCAUAGUCUUCGAUUGACAAUGAAGCUUCGUGACUUUCACAAAUUUGCAAAGGUAGACACUGAACUGAACAAAGAGAUUGAGCUGUGGAAUGGACUGCUUCGAGCAGAUGUGGUUAAGUUUUGCCAGGAAAAGAAUUUCAAUACAGGAUUCUUUGAGGGCAGUGAUAAUAAUAUUGCUGUUGAUGCUUACGAGUUGAAGGUCCGACUUGAACAUAUACUCGAAAGGAUAGCUCUGAUUUCUGAUGCGGCAAGUACAGAGAGGCCAUCUCUUGUUACAAAUAACUUGUUUAUUGGUGGGGCUCUUACUGCAAGGUCAAUGUACACCCUUCAAUACUUGGGCAUCACACACAUUCUCUGCUUGUGUUCGAAUGAGACUGGACAGUCAGAAUCUCAAUAUCCGGACCUUUUUCAGUACAAGAACUUCUCGAUAGGUGAUGAAGAAGAUACAGACAUCAGUGAUAUCUUUGAGGAGGCUUCAGAUUUUAUUGAUCAUGUUGAGCAAUCAGGAGGAAAAGUUUUGGUUCACUGUUUUGAGGGAAAAAGUCGCAGUGCAACUGUCGUCCUUGCUUACUUAAUGCUAAGAAAGGGAUACACACUAUCUGAAGCAUGGAACACGCUGAAGAAGGUUCACCGCCGAGCUCAGCCGAACGAUGGCUUUGCCAAAAUUCUGUUAGAUCUUGAUAGAAGGAUACACGGAAAAACUUCUAUGAAUUGGCAGCACAAGAGACCUGUGAUGAAGGUGUGCCCGAUCUGUGGAAAGAAUGCUGGUCUGAGCACAAGCUCACUCAAACUCCAUCUUCAGAAGUCUCACAGAAGAAUUUCCGCAGGGAGUGUCGACAGUGCCAUGAAAAUGGAAAUACAGAAGGCCAUGGAGGUGCUCAAGAUUAGCCGUGGCAGCAGUGUCAGCCCGACUCAGAAGCAGUCUCAAUCAUUGACUGACAGCUUUUAGCAUCGGAUGUGCUCGCAAUUCCAGAAGAAAAUAUGGGGUUUAACAGUCCAUUAUGUUGUAAAUGUGUUAUCAUGCAGCACUGCUUCAUGGGGAUCUCUUGUGCAGUGUUCAAGUUAUAUUUCUUUUAUUCUUUUGUAUCAUUGUGGUUAUUUAAAAAAGUAGGAAGUCAAUAAAUACAAGCAUUUGUGUAGAAAAUUUAUAGAUAGAUAUUAGAGAUCUAUCAAUCAUUAUUGUAUUCAAGACUAACCACCUUUGUAAUGUGAAGUUUUGGCCAUUAAAGUUGGCCUUCAAGCUGUU